AUGGAAGAACAAUGUGAUAGAAUUCGUAGCCAAAUUGACUCGAAACUUGAUAAUCAAAGGCAGAUUGCCGUUACGCUUCUUGCAAUUGAGGACACCAUAAAGGAGAAGAAUGUCCCCCUCACACCUGUUGCUUAUUUUGGACUCCAAUAUCGAAAUUCGGAGAGCAGUGCUAUACCUCCUGAACAUAGUACUCCCGCACUUAACGCAGGCAGUUGCCUGGAAACAUUGAUAAUAGCGCAAGAUUUUAAUGCGUGGGAUCAGGCGAUCACAAAAAAAGGAUUCCAAUCGUUAUUGGUCCUUUCGGCGGAUCAGCGACCUAAACCAAGGAAGAGAGCUCAUGACGCCGUGCGAAAUAUUCUUGACAAUCCUCCGUCGUCAUUGAACAAACAUCCUGCCAUCGGUAUUGCCUCGGAAUUUUGUUUAAGAGUUCUGAACGAAUGUUCAAAAUCUGAUCGACAAUCUGUAAUUCACUUCUUGUCUCUCUUAAAGGGAAUUGCCGGAAAAUGGCCAGCUUCGAGCCUCGGAAAGCUAUGCCAAAAUUUGUUGCAUCUACCAAAGUAUAAUGACACAUUCCUCACAAUCGCCGCCUUUCAGGUCUUUGAGGAAUUGUUUCGACACAAUGGAAGUAGUUUUGAAAUUGGUUUUCUCGAAGAAUUGCUUGCAUCAUUACGGGAUCUCAUGCCGAACAAGCAAGAUGCUCAAUUGUUACCUCACUGGCUUAUGAUUGUUAGCAUUGGAUUUCCGGUGUAUGCCAAGGUUAAUCCCGAUGAUUGCGAAAAAAUGCUUUUGGAUUUUUUCAAAGCCAUAUUUUCCACUCUGGAAGUUGAUAGCUCGGAUAUUCUCACUGCAAGCACUGAUUGCCUUUCGAAUCUAAUCAUUAACGGCGUUACCGAUGACAUGAUUAGGAAAAAACUCGAACAGUCAGAGUCAGAUGAGGGGGUUUGUUUAGGCGUUAUCAUUAAGAUUGUCGAAAAUGGUUUCAACUUUCGAUAUCAAUCGGCGUGGCCGCAUGUUUUGAAAAUUUCGAAAUCCUUGUUUCAACGGUUACAUCGGUCUUCACAGAAGCUUUUGGUCAAUUUACUUAAGAUCGUGGGGGACGUGCGAAUGGAUCCGUCCCUCGAAUUAAAGGAACAAGUUGAUCAAGCACUGGGAGCUGCGAUCGCGAGCAUGGGGCCUCGAUUGUUUCUGAGUAUUCUGCCUUUGAACCUAGAAACUCCGGAAAACAACUCUGGUCGUGCUUGGCUUCUUCCCUUGCUCAAAAAUCACAUCACCAACACAGAGCUUGAUUACUUCUUUUCGGAGCUUGUGCCCCUGACCGAGCGACUUGAUAAACUGUCUUCCGAAUAUCGAAAUAGAAAUAGGAUGAUUGACUCAAAAAUUUAUGACACAUUAACGCAACAAGUGUGGGCUCUUCUUCCAGGAUUCUGUGACCUUCCCAUCGACUUGCCAACAUCGUUUACAAAUGUUACGGCCGAACUACUUGGCAAUAUCAUGUAUAAGAAUCCCGAUAUACGUCCAACUGUCACCUUGGCACUCGAAAAUUUGGUGGAAAAAAACAAGAUCAUUUUGAACUCGGGGGAAGACGACGCUGAAUUGUAUAGGAAAUAUGGUUUGGAUAAGGCCUCGGCAAAAAGGAAUAUCGAUCACCUGGUUAAAUAUACUGCCAAUUAUUUGGCCGUUUUCUUUAAUGUGUUCAAUCAAACUCCUGUGGCACAAAGGGGGUAUAUAUUGAAUGCUAUCAAGGUCUACCUGACAAUCACUCGAACUAAAGAAAUUUCAAAGAUCUUUGGUAAAGUCUUGAACCUUCUGAAACAGUCUCUGGUCAACCAUAAACCACUCGGAGCAAAUGACCAAACAUCUUCUCCUCCAAUGUCAUACACCAUGUUGGACUUGUCAAUCGCUAUGAUACCACAGCUUGAUACCAGUUCAGUUAGGCAAUUGUACGAAAUCGUCAUAUCUCUACUAUGCAAUGAUGACCCCACCCUACAAAAAAAAUCAUACAAAAUCUUAAAUAGGAUAAUGGAAAGUGACAACGGAAAAUCGGUAAUCUUGCAAAAUAUCGAAGAUUUGCAAGGUCAACUAUUAAAUGCCACCAUGGAGUCGGCACCGGCCGCGAAAAAAAAUCGAUUAUUGAUGUUGAUUAGCGUUGUCAAACUCUUGCCAAACUCGGAUCUUCACAUGAUACCCGACGUACUCUCGGAAACAAUACUUUGUGCGAAGGAAGUCAACGAAAAAACCAGGAGUAUUGCGUACGAGUUACUCGUGGUCAUGGGCAAUAAGAUGAAAGAGGGUGGCACCAUAGUCAUGAGCAAGGUAGCGGGAGCUGAUCCGACAUUGCCAAACGCACAGGCCUCUAUCGACGAGUAUGUGUUCACCAUGGUGAUCGCCGGGCUGGCUGCUACCACCCCUCAUAUGAUGAGCGCCACUAUCACAGCAUUGUCGAGAUUGGUGUUUGAAUUUAGAACGGAUCUUGAUAAAUCACGCCUUCACCAACUUAUUGAUACAAUGGAUAAUUUUGUAAAUUGUUCUAACCGAGAAAUAGUCAAAUCUGCAUUAGGAUUUAUUAAGGUUAUCACGGUCUCGUUGGAUACCGAUUUUUUGAGCUCGCACUUAUCACAGAUUGUCCACGGAAUCCUCGUGUGGUCCAAAGAACACAAAAGUCAUUUUAAAGCAAAGGUGCGACAUAUCUUUGAACGUUUGAUUAGACGGUUUGGGUACGACGCCAUAGAUAAUUGUGUGCCGGAAGCCGACAAGAAAUUGUUGAUAAACAUUCGCAAAAGAAAAGAUCGAGCGAAAAGGAAAAAAGGCAUUGAGCAGACAAUGGAUUCAGAUGAUGAGCAAGAUGAGAAGACUUCCUCUUCUAAAAACAGGUCCUUGUUCAAUAGCGCAUACGAAGAAGCAUUAUAUGGAAGCGAAAGCGACCUCGAGGAUUCCGAUAGGGAAAGCAAGUCUAAUGUUAAAAUAAAAUCUUUGAGAAAAAAUAAUGAGAGGUCGUCUAAAACUUGGAUAAAAGAAGAUGAGGAUGCACCAGUUGAUUUCUUGGACAAAGGUGUAAUAUCAAAAGUUAUUGGCGUGGAUCCUAAUACCAAAAAGAAAUCGAAAGGUGUCACCUCUUCCUUUAAGGAGUCCCGAGAUGGACGCAUGGUAAUCAAUGAAUCAGACGAGGAAAAUUCAGAUGAUAUGUCAGGAGGAUCAAAUUCUUCGGAUGUCGCCAUGCAGGACGCCGAGGAUCAUUACAGAGAAGCACAGCAGUCCAGCGAAGGUUUUACACGCAAUCAAUCCAAUAAGAUCAGAUUCAACAAAAGAAACAGAAAUGACGGCAUGGAAUUGGACGAGAUAGAACCAAUUGACGCCAUAACGGCGAGAAGAAAGAAAGUAAAGAAGGCAAAGGGAGUUGAAUCCAUUGGAAAGGAGUAUAAGGCGAAGAAUGCGGAAGGGGAUGUUAAACGGAAAGGGAAGCCCGAUCCUUACGCUUACGUUCCACUUUCGUCGAUGUACAAGAAGAAAGGCCAGAAAGUACCGAAGAUAUCCAUAACGAUGAAAGGACGGGUUCGUAAAAGGAGCUCAAAAUUCGUUAAAUGA